AGGUGGAUUCUUAACCACUGUGCCACCAGGGAAGCCCAAGACCAUUUUUUUAAGCUGAAAAAAUUAAAACUAAAUAGUGUUUAGGGAGAAACAUAUGAGGUAAAUUUCUUUAAGCAAGGGAUUGUAAUAAACAUUGCUUCAGGGUAAUGUAUAUGGGGAGAAUGCAGGAAGUUUCAAAAUUAUUGGUAAUUUUCUAGUUUUUAAAUUGAAGGAUGGGAUCAUGGUGUUUAUUUUAUCAUGAUGCAUCAUGACUUAUAUGUGCCAUAUCUUCCUUUCUGUGUAUCAAAUAUUAUAUAAAAUAUUUAAAACAGAACCAAGGGACUUCGCUGGUGGCUCAGUGGAUAAGACUCUGCACUCCCAGUGCAGGGGGCCCAGGUUCGCUCCCUGGUCAGGGAACUAGACCCCACAUGCAUGCUGCAACUAAGAGUUUGCAUGCCACAACUGAGGAGCUCACGUGCUGCAACUAAGGAGCCCGCCUGCUGCAACUAAGACCCGGCGCAACCAAGAAAGGGAGGGAGGGAGGGGGAUUAAAACAAAAACAAAAACAAAAACAGAACCAAAUAGCCUUCCUUUUAAGACGUUUUCAAAUCUGUUCUUCCAAAGUUGGCAUAUGAUUUUUCCAAAGUUGGCAUAUGAUUUUUUUCUGCAAUAGUAGGUUGAAUUCAACAGCAACUCUUCAUAAACAUUCAGUGCGUGCUGAUUUUACACACGGAGAUACAAGAGUCAGAAUACACAUCUCUUUCCCCUGCAGAUGUUUAAGUCUUCUAAGGAGCAUAGGCGUGCCCUGUGAGCACAGGGAUUUUUGUCCAUUUUGUUUACUUUGUUCACUGCUAAAUCCCCAGCUUUGAGAGCAGAGUGUGGCACAUGGCAGGUGCUUCCUAAUCAUUUGUUGAACAAAUAAACAACACACAGACAUAUGCUCAAGGCUCAGGAUGGCUGCAUAGAAUGUGAUGGGUUCUGCUGUACAUCCGUGGAUCCCCACCAGGGAUCUCGCUUCACAGUCGGAGGUCUCAGUAGGGGUUCCACGUAGGAGUGGGCAGGACGUUGAGGAGACCCCAGGUGCUCAGGGUUGGCAGCACUGCCUCUGCCUAAGAGCGAGCUGUCAGGCCGUGAGGCCCAGUGGGCGCAGUGGCAGGAAGAGGCUGGUGUCAGACAGGGUCUGUGUCCAAUAGGACCUUGUAGGGCAGGCCCGGGAGCUGGGAUUUGAUGCUGCAGCCAGUGGGCUGUUGGGGAAGGACCUGAGUGGGGUGGUGACAGGAGUAGAGCCGUGCUUUACAGACUUGUCCUGGCGGCAGUGAGGGAGGACAGACUGCGUAUGCUCCAGAAAAGCCUCCCCCUUUACCGGACCCCUGCCUCUUGGGGUUGGCGAGCUUUGACUGGUUUGAAGCCCAUUUUUCCCUGCUCGUGUGUGGCUUGGCUGCCCCGCAAUGUGGAGGAGCCCCAGUACUCUUCCUAGCAGCACCAGGACGCACUACAGAUUUGCAGAAUGUGCCCAUUGUUUGUUUUUAAAGGUAUGUGUUACUAAAAAUGACGCAGCCUGAAGGUCAGGACCUAACCCUCCUGGGGCCAAGGCUGGGAGCAUAGCUGGGAUGGCAGUUCCUGAGUUAAUAGCAGGUGUAGCUCAGGUAGAUGUGGCUGCUCCCCAGGUGCUGACAUGGGCCUCGGGGAUGCCUUUGAAAUUUAAUCGAAACGGGUUUAGGAAAAACCAAAAUGCUGAGGUGCUACCUCAAAUAGCAGACGUGACAUUUCCUGGUGGUCCAGUGGUUAGGACUUGGCGCACUCACUGCUGUGGCCCGGGUUCAAUCCCUGAUCGUGGAACUUAGAUCCUGCAAGCCACACAGCGCAGCCAAAGAAAUAGAAAACAAAACAAAUAACAGGUGCUGGACUCCUGGACUCCUCAGGCAAAGACAAGUCACCACCUCAGCACAGCUGGCCUGUUCCUGGACCUUGAGGCUGGCGGCAGAGGACACCUGGUUUCCCCCGUGACACUCUAGUGGAGCCUCCUCACGGCGUUGAGCUUGGAGCUGUGUGCCUGUGGUGCCAGACUAGCCUGCCAUGGCAGACCAGAGACAGCGCUCCCUCUCUACCUCUGGGGAAUCCCUGUACCACGUUCUGGGGCUGGACAAGAAUGCAACCUCGGAUGACAUUAAGAAGUCCUACCGGAAGCUGGCCUUGAAAUAUCACCCUGACAAGAACCCAGACAACCCAGAGGCCGCAGACAAGUUUAAGGAGAUCAACAACGCCCACGCCAUCCUGACGGACUCCACGAAAAGAAACAUCUACGACAAGUACGGCUCGCUGGGGCUCUACGUGGCCGAGCAGUUCGGGGAGGAGAACGUGAACACCUACUUCGUGCUCUCCAGCUGGUGGGCCAAGGCCCUGUUUGUGUUCUGCGGGCUCCUCACCUGCUGCUACUGCUGCUGCUGCCUCUGCUGCUGCUUCAACUGCUGCUGCGGGAAGUGCAAGCCCAAGGCGCCUGAGGGCGAGGAGACCGAGUUCUACGUGUCCCCCGAGGACCUGGAAGCGCAGCUGCAGUCCGACGAGAGGGAGGCCGCAGACACGCCGAUCGUCGUCCAGCCGGCGUCCGCCACGGAGACCACCCAGCUCACAGCCGACUCCCACCCCAGCUAUCACACCGAUGGGUUCAACUAAAUUCAGGAGAAGCUGUGAUUCGAGGGUCAGUCAGCACCCAGCCACUCGACCUUAGAAUCAUGGACUGUAGUCCCAGAGGUGGGGCGGGAGCCGCCCUGGCCCCGGGAGGGCAGCGCCAGCCCGCCUCUGUGCCCGCUCACCCGCCGAUCCCUGACACACGAAGUGCGUAGCAUGCAGUGUUUAAAGCAGUUUAGCUACGGUCUUCUUCUUCUGUUGUUCCCUUUUUUAAUAGCAUGUGCAGGGUUACGUUCCAUGUCUGUCUGUACUGUGAGCGUGUUGCGGCCAGGCCGCAUUCCCCGGCCGUGGGGCCGCCUCAGGGCUCUCGGGCAGGUCGACGCAGCGGUUGGACGGCCCGUGUGGUCCCUCGCGGUCAGGCGGGCUCGGGCUCCGUUCCCCGUGCCCAUGGGGGCCUGAGGCAGGUGCUGCCUGGCUGGAGCCGUGGGGUCUGCUCCCUGCCCCGUGCCUGCCAACCAUGUGGCCACAGGCAGGGCCUCUGGACUCACCUGCCAGGAAGGAGCUGGGCCCACUCUCCCAGCACCGGGGCGUUUCUGUGGCAUUCGUACCAAGGACAGUCUGUGCGGGACCCGUUCACCUCGUCUGCUUAGCCUGUAGCAGUUGUUUCUCAUGUCUGACCUGAGGCCCCCGUGCUUCGAGUGUGCUCCCUCCCGGGGUGGGGAUGUUCCCACACGUCCCCAGGCCAUGAGCUGGAUGGAUGGGGCCCCUUCCACAGCCUCCACUCUCCCCUUCCCUGCAUCGUCCUCCACAUUCCUUCAGGCCCACCUGGCCUCUUGGUAAUGCUCUUUGAACCUCUAAGAACCACAGAUGGCAGCAGCGGCCCAAUUAGUGGUGGUCAGAGGGGCUGGGAGUCCAGGCUGCCCGUGGUGAGUGGGCUGCACAGCCCUCCCCUCUGUGCUUCCCAGAGCUCUCACCCCCCCGCUUUCCUCCGACUGCUCCCUUUGGCUGUCGUUGCUGGUUUGGGCAGAGCUAGAGACAUUGGGCUCACGGAGAAAGGACCAGCUGGACCAAAGGCACACUCAGGGCAGAGGGUUGGGUCCCCAAGUGGCCCUGGUGCCCUUGGGCUCGUUAGCCCGCAGCCAGACCACAGAAGCCCCGCUCACCUCUGUCCGUGCACCGUCUGUGGGCUGUUGGAAGCCAGUCUGUCUUGUCCGCGUCCAGACCUGUGGGUGGCCCCUGCUCUGAGGACUUGGAGACGUGGCUGUGCUGGGCCCGUGCAGACCAGCACCUGCCCCGGGACCUGCGUGGCCCAAGUGGGUCUGGUUUCCCAUCAUGCACCUUGCGACUGCUGGGCUCCUCCGGAAUGUCCCGUAGGGAAGGCCGUGGGGCAGGGGCAGCACGCAAGGAGGUCAGACACACCAGGACACCUUCCCGAGCCACUGACUACCACCACCCCACCCCAGCCCCGCCCAGGCCCCGGCUUGCCCGCUGCCCUCACGGUGCUGUGGGGGGUGAGCGUCCGGCUCUGCAGGCACCAGGUCCGUGGGCACUUGUGGGUUCCGUUUUGUUUGGGGUUUUGCCCUUGAAAACAAUCACGAAGACGGUCAGCAAGAGGGGAGGUCUGCGCUGAUGUUAAAUGAGGAAUAAUCUGCUGAGAUCCGGCCUCUCAGAAGGACAAGAAAUCCGUUGUUUGACCUGCCCUGGAGCAGGGAGGAGGCCGGACACUAGGACAGUCUUAGGUGCCAAUUCCAGGCCAGCAAGAAUUCAGCCUGAGAGCAGGCUCUAGUCGGCCUUCCUGACGUUUCUGGAAAUAACUUUAGGAAAUGAGUUGUUUUUCCCUAGAGCGGCCAAGCACGAAGUUCAGAGGUUGGGCUUCAGGUAGGCAGCCGCCUUCCACAGUGACCGUGUCAUUGCUUCGUGGGCAGAAAACUCCGAGGCGCGUCACGCAGGUCAGGGCGGAUCUCUGCCGGGUCUUUUGGUUCCCGAAUCUUUCUGAUCGUCCACUAGAAACGUGAUGCUCCCCUGGAGGCCAGAGGGGCAGGUCCGGAGGUUUGUUGAACCCAGUCUCCUGUAGAAUUUGUAAAAACUAAACAAAUCGUGACGGUGAUGAGAACAAUCCUCAAGGCGAAGCUGAUGACUCCGCGAGGGCUGGGCACCCCGAGGCCAGGCGCAGGGCCUGGACCAUGCCCCCGCACCUGACCCCGACCCUGACCCCGACGCACGUCCACUUUGUUGACUUGGAGGCAGAAACCCUUUCAAAGACUUCCCUGUCUGUGCUUUCAGGCCCUCCCGCUGACUGAAUACCUAGGUCCCUGGUUGCAUUUCCCUUUUCCUUGUGUGGCCCAUCUGCUUCCCUGGUGAGCGGGGUGUUGUGUCUGGAGGGCCCUCUGUUCACGUGCACGGAGGGGACAACCCUCUCCUGCUGUGAUGGGAACAGGAGCGCCUCGGCCCUCGCUCCAGGGCCACCGAGGCCAGUGCUGGGUGCCCUGAGGCUCUGACAGCACUGCCCGCCUGUGGCCUGCCAGGAGCGUGGGAGAGGCUGCAGGGUGCAGACGGGAGCUGCCGCGCGUACAUUUCUGUUUUCGCUUGGUGACGUGGUCUCUUGUCCUUUCUGGGCGUUUUUCUGUUUUCAACCUGCUGUAGACGUUACCGCUCGUGCGUGAGCUUUCCUACUUCUCCGACGAGUCGAGCAGCCAGCUCCGCUGGGGCCCCUUGGGCGUGCUGUGUCCACUGGGGCCGCUUGGGCGUGCUGUGUCCACAGGGCUCCUGCUUGGGGAGGGGCCCUGCCGGGACCAUCUGGCGUAUUCUAACCGCGGGCGGUCUGUUCCAGGGGAGCUUGUGCCGUGCCCGCUGGGGAGACGGGCAGCCUCCGUGGCACCUGGUGUGAGACCACCUGUGAGGGGGGCGGGCACCGGCUCGUGGGCUCUCCCUGGAGGGGCCCGGUCCGUUCUUCCCUGGCUCUCAGCACAUCCCGCCAGGGGGACGGCGCGGGGGGCGGCGGUGGUGGUGAGGGGCGUGAAACAGUGACUGAUGUCACUCCUUUCCCAGCGUUCUGAGCUGUGAGCCCCUGUGACACAGGACUCGCCUGUUUUGUUAUUUUGGUUGUGACUCCUUCUCCUGUGGAAUUGGCAAAAGCUACAUUUUUACUGUCCUUUCAAGCACGGUUGGCGUCGUCUCUGCUGUAGGUGUGGGCAGUGUGUGUACAUAUGUGUAUAUGUAUAUAUCACCCAGCGGCGUGAGUGCCGCCGUCCGGGGCAAAGCGACAGUACAAUAAAAGUGGCUCCCAAACAGCCUCUGGUUUCUUGAAGAGUCGGGGCAGGAGCAGGGGGUCUGGGCGAGCUCCUCUGCCAUGUGCACAGAAGGAAACAGCGGCCCUGUUGUGCCCCUGGAAUCAGUGUGGACGGCAGGCCGGGUGCCCGAGCGCUGCCAGUGUCGGCUCCUCCAGGGUAGGGUGCAGGGCUGCCAAGGUCACACCCAUACCUGGGGGCUCACUUGACCCACAGGUGAGCGGCUGGAAACCCCUCCCUCCCCUGAAACAUUAAAACCAAUUUUCUAAGCAUCAGAUACAAUCAGUGACAAAGCCACGUUCAAAGGGGUCUCUGUUCUGACCCCAGAUCCACCCUGGAGGGUCCCCGGGGAGGAAGCAGCUGGGCCUGGGGUCCUGUGGGCAGCAGCUUUUGGUGAUUUUGUCUCCCUGGAAAUAAGGGUGUUUCAGGGUGGGCGAGGGGAGCAGUUUACACUGAAACAUGUAUGCGUCAUGGUUAGAAGCUAAAUGCAGGCGCGUGGACCGCGAUCGUCCGUGUGCUGCUGUGUCCUGCUGCUGGGACCGACCUCCGCCCUGAGCCCACGCACACCCCUGGGGCUGGGCUGGAGGGUCACGGUGGUUUCCCAUGGUGAUGGUCUCUUAUGUCUGAAUGUUGACCUAUAAUAAAGAUAACUUGUAAAAAAUAAAUGUUUUCACUGCA